CCCAUGGCUUUCUUCAACACUAGCCACAAGAGCACACUGACAGUCAGAGAACAGAGGGACAGAGGGAGAGAGAAAGGAGGAAGAAGAGAGCGAAAGCAACCUGCAAGAGAUCAUCAACAACACAGAAGGAAGCCAAGAGAGAGAAACUCAGAAAAGAUAAGGAAGAAAGAAGAUUGCGAGCAGAAGUUAGCGAAGAGAGAGGUGCUGUAUGCUGCUGGAUUGAAACUGACCGACACACACCUGUGUUUAACACCAACAUUACUGUUUGUCUCGUACCCCCUAACCAGAACAGAUUAGAAAAUCUAGUCUGCCUGUUGUCCUUUCAGUGUUUCGGUGUGACUGUCAGUGUGGGAAGUUACAUUGAUUUGGGUUAGUCAGCACGUAAGUCAGUGUGCUUGUCCAAAAUUAAGUUAGGUUGAGAGAAACCUGUUGAUUCCGAAGACGUUAAAAGUAACCAGUUAGGCUAAACCUCAACACCAUGGCCCCUAAGAAGAAGGCAGUGCGUCAAAAGAAGAUGACCCUGGAGACUGCCCAGUUGGAGGUGAGCAGUGCCGAGGUGGUGGUUGUGGAGGGCGUGAAGAAGAUUGAGCAGGUGGCCGCUUUGGACAUCGCCCAGAUAAACCUCAAGUACAUCCCCCUGCCUCCGCCCAUCAUCAAGCCCGGGGAAAGGGGCUUGGGCCUGGGCAGUGAGCUGACCCGUCCCCUGCACGGGAACGCACUCCUAGAGGAGCUGAGUAAGAUGAGGCAGGAGAGAUUCCUGACUGACCUGGAGCUGGCCUGUAAGACCAAGGCCUUUGACGUCCACAAGCUGGUCAUCUCCUCCAUCAGCCAGUACUUCAGAGAGAUCCUGGCCAAGGACCCUGGCAUGAAGCGACUGGAGCUGCCUUCUCUCUCCCCACUCGGCCUGGCCAACGUGAUCACCUUCGCCUACUUGGGCCGUGUCCACAUGUCCCUGUACACCAUCGGCUGCACUGUCUCCGCCGCCGCCACGCUUCAGAUCCCACAGUUGCUCAAGAUGUGUAUGGACUUCCUGCUGGCCGAGCUCAACGUGCAGACCUGUGUGUACAUCUGGAACAUGGCCGCUGCCUACGGGCUGCUGCCUGUCCGGGACGCCUCCCGCCGCUUCAUCCUGGAGAACUUCGUCCAGUUCUCAGAGACCGUGCUCUUCCAGCAGCUGACCCUGGAGCAGAUCUCCGCGUUCCUCCAGGACGACGGCCUCAUCCUGCCCUCCGAGAUCACAGCCUUCCAGUUGGCCAUGAAGUGGCUGGACUUUGACCCUCAGCGCCAGCUGCACGCCACUGAGAUCCUCUCCCACGUGCGUUUCGAGACGAUCCCCGCCAGCGAGCUGGUGAGCCAGGUGCAGCCUGUGGCCAGGAUGAUGAUGGACUCUCAAUGUCACCGCCUGCUUGUGGACGCCAUGAACUACCACCUGCUGCCCUACCAGCAGAACACGCUGCAGUCCCGCCGCACGCAGGUCCGUGGCGCCCAGACGACCCUGCUGACCGUCGGGGGGCGCCCCGCCAUCACAGAACGCGCCCUCAGUCGAGAGGUACAAUGGAGAGACCCCCGUGAGGGCAUGGCCACCUGGCGCCACCUGUCCCAGCUCCCCGCCAAGAGCUUCAACCAAUGUGUGGCCGUGAUGGACGGUUUCCUGUAUGUAGCCGGAGGAGAGGACCAGAACGAUGCUCGCAACCAGGCCAAGCACGCUGUCAGCACCCUCAGCAGGUAUGACCCACGCUUCAACAACUGGCUGCACCUGGCCAGCAUGCGCCAGCGCCGCACUCACUUCAGCCUCGUGGCCACUGGCGGGCGCCUGUAUGCCAUCGGUGGCCGCAACGUGGAGGGCCUGCUGGCCACCACCGAAAGCUACCUGCCCUCUGCCAACGCCUGGCAGCUCCGCACACCCAUGGAGGUGCCACGCUGCUGCCACGCCAGCUCAGCCUUGCCCUCGGGCGACAUCCUGGUGACGGGAGGCUACAUCAACUGUGCCUACUCCCGCUCCGUGGCCUGCUACAACAUUAAGACCGACACGUGGAGCGAGGCGGCGGCUCUGGACACCCCGCGCGGCUGGCACUGCUCCUCCAUCCUCGGGGGGAAGGUGUACGUGGUGGGCGGCAGCCAGCUGGGGCCCAGCGGCGAGCGCGUGGACGUCCUGUCCAUGGAGGUGUUCUCCCCGGAGAGCAAGGUGUGGAGCCACGCCGCCCCCCUGCCCGUGGGGGUGAGCACGGCAGGUCUGUCGCCCCUCGGGGAGCAGCUGUACCUCCUGGGGGGAUGGAACGAGGCCGAGAAGCGCUAUAAGGCUGCGGUCCAGAAGUACAACCCCGCCACAGACAGCUGGUCAAUGGCGGAGGAUCUGUCCGAGCCGACAGUGGGCGUGUCGUGCUGUGCACUGGCCCUCCCACCUCGCCAUGCACCACGCAGGCAGCAACACCGCAACAUGCCGGCUCAUGAGGAAGGGCCGGUGCGGGAGGUCAUUGUACUCCCACAGCCCACCGUCGUCUAAGAGGGAAAGAUGGAGAAAGAGGAUGGAAGUGAGGAGAAAGGGUGAGAGGGAGGGUCGAGCAAUGUGUGGAGGAAAGAAAGGUGACCAAGGUAGAUGAAAGAUGAAGAGGAGGAUGUCUUGCUUAGCUCAAAUUGGCGUAAUGAUGUAGAUUUACAAAGUUAACUGGAAAGGGCUGUAUGUGGUUAAUGUUAAGUUGAAAGUAAAUCCAUUUGCAGUUGGCUUUGUAACCAGUACUUAUUGCAGUUACAUAGAUGAAGUAUGUUAUAACUGUGAGGAAAUUAUUGUGUAUCAGCGUGUGUGUCUGUGUGCGUGUGUGUGCAAGAGUUUAAAUGUGUCUCUAGGAAUGUGUGUGCGUACGUGCGUUUAUAGGACCUACAGUAUGGGCGUGUAGAUACAAAAAAUUGAGCCAUUACAUCUUUCAGCCAUUACUGCAAUAAGACUAAUCCAAGUCACCACUUUUGUCAUAAAGUGGAACAGUUAUAUAUUCAAAUAUUAAUAACAUAUGUAACAUAAUUCAAUAUUUAUUUUUUGUUUUGUUUCAUAACAAAAGCAUAGUAUUUAUUAAUGAAGUAUGAGAAAGAUGUAUAGUAGUAACUACAGAAGUGUGGUAGGAAAUGUGUGGAUGGCCACCUGUACCAGUCUGGGGAGGAUGUGGCACCAUGCAGCCAUAGGCAUACCUACUGCUGUGUCAGAUGUAGCUACGCAGCUGUUAGCCUGUUGUCCACUGCCACGCCUCUGGCCCUGCCUGUAGGCCCCCAGACACGUCACAGCCCCGCCCAAUCACAGCAUGAGAUGGUGAGCAGCAACAUACCAGACCCAUAAAAUAACUGAUGUUUGUAAUGGUCCCUUCGAAAGUACUCCCAAGCAUCUGACAUUGCUGAUGCAGACAGGACUGAAGUAGAUCUUUCAGGAAUCCUGUUUUAGAAAGUCCAGUUAUACUAUUCUCAAAGGGAUUUGAAGCAGUCACUCCCAGACAUCUCUCCCUUCUGACACCAUCAUGUUAUCUAACAGAAACUGGGGACAUCUGCCUGAUAGUUGUAGUUGUCACAGACUCAUCUAUGUCUAGUCAAUGAGGACUUCAUUUAAUGUUAAUUAGGCUCAUUAGAAAAAUCGCUGAAUUGAUGCCUCACUGAGGACAUGCCUUGUUUUAUGGGUCUCUAGAGGUGCCAGUGGCAUCGUGUAUCUCUAAGGUUUCAUUUAAUAAAGACAAUCUAAUCAAAUUUAA